AAGCAACGACGCCGUCGACGCUUUCCAUGACUGGGUGGGGGCUUCGUUCCGUCCGACCGACGCCACGCCACGCCACACCUCGCGUGCGUACUCCCUCAAGUCAUCAUCAUUCAUCUGCGUCCCCGUCUGUAUAACACGCUCUGCUGCAGCUGAGCAGCCCUGCAUACUUGCGCGGAGGGGAAAGGUAGGCGAGGGAAUCAUCAACCAAACCAACGCGACCCUCUGACCUCUUGCUUCGGGAAACCAUGGCGUCGCGGCUGUUGCUUGGGAGGAUCCAGUCGGCUGGCCGUCUGUCCAGCGGCCAUGGCCGGCGCCAGCUGCUCGGCUUCAGCGGCGGCGAGGGGCUCCGCCGUCCUCCUCCACCGGCGGGCGUUCGGUCGGUCUGCAGCAGCAGCGCGUAUGGGCAAAUAAAGACGGACGCCAGGAUCACGGACCACGAGCCACAUCUCGACAGGUUUUCAGACCCCCAGGUUGCUCACGAAGACCGCCAGUUCAUUCAGUUCUUGGACAGGAUGCUGGAUGCGAUAAGGAAUCCUCAGAGUCUUGCACAAAUACGAAGUGGAAGGAUUGCAAAUGGCCUGAAAGUUUUGGAUGAUGACAUAUGAUGCAUGCUCUCUUUGCGGAAAACACAAGAGUUGAAGAAACGUGACAGUUUGUGUUGUAUAAAGUGACCAUGAUGUGUACUGUGAAUAACAAUCCACAACUUGAGUGUGUGAGACUGCUAUUGUUUAGGUUCAUUCACAUUAUGGAUGAGAGCAUCGGCUAAUAUCAUAUAUCAAAUAUAUAAGUAGUUGGAGUAAUUUCAUUUC